GUUUUUCAGCACGAAAAUGCCCAUUUGUUAUUGUUUGCCAUUUUGUGUAUGAGGGUUGUUUGUGUCUUGAGGAUUCGUGCAAAAAAACAAUAUUUGAGUAGCUGCUUUUCGUCAGACGAAUGAAGAUUGGAGGCAACCCCAGCCCGCCGAAGAUAACUUUUGCUUUACCUUCUAGAAUGAAAUUGGCGGACGCUCUUCCGAAUUUCAAAGAUCCACUGUUUAUGUGAUUGAUGGUGGCGGAAAUUCCCUUUGAAUGGCGUAAAAUCAAAAAUUAUGAACUGUGAACGCACAACCGAGUGCCUCUAAAAGACUGUUCCUUUUGAAAUUCAGAUGAAUUGCUUGUGAACAGAAGAGCUUUUUAUUUUUGUGGUUGCCUGUUACUCCUGCUGUGACAAUUUAAGGUCGCGAUGUCCACCAUUGCUCCUUCAGCACCCACAUCCGCAGACGCUUGCCUUAGCAUCGUUCAUUCGUUGAUGUGCCAUCGUCAGGGUGGAGAGUCGGAGGGGUUCUCCAAAAGGGCGAUCGAGAGUCUCGUGAAGAAACUAAAAGAAAAAAGAGAUGAGCUAGACAGUCUGAUCACAGCCAUCACCACAAAUGGAGCACAUCCAAGCAAGUGUGUGACUAUUCCUCGUACACUUGAUGGUCGCCUUCAGGUGGCGGGCAGAAAAGGCUUUCCUCACGUCAUCUACGCUCGCAUCUGGCGCUGGCCAGAUUUGCACAAAAAUGAACUGAAGCACGUCAAGUUUUGCCAAUUCGCAUUUGACUUGAAGUGCGACUCAGUCUGUGUAAACCCCUAUCAUUAUGAAAGGGUAGUUUCCCCGGGAAUAGACCUUUCGGGCCUUACUUUACAAUCUUCUGGAGGGCCAAGCCGUCUGCUUAAGGAUGAAUAUUCGGCAGGCGGCCCGAGUGGAAUGGACGUUGAUGCUGAAUCUGUCAACCAGGCUUUGGUGGCGCAGACUGUGCAGCAUCACCCACCGCAAACCCAGUAUCAAAUAUUGCCACCAACGCAGGCAAUCAGCCAUCCAACGACACCUCGGGGGCAGCCGCCUAUGCUGCAGAGCCCUGUCGUCGGGCCUGCCUCGGUUGAAUCGGUUGUGUCUCCACAGCAACCGCCAAGUAACACCACUAGUGGGUACUACUCCGGAACAGAAGGGGUGGCCUCGCCUUCAGCCAUCGCCGUGGAGCCGCAGCAGCGGCAGCCGGCAGGCAUUGUACCGUAUUCUGGCAGCCAAAGUAGUAGCUCAAUAAGUUCAGUACAGCAGCCGCUUCUGCAUCAAAAUGGGUUCCCCAGCACUUCGAGUACAGCUCCUGUAGUGACGCAGCCAGCACAGCCAGUCCCAGUUACGAACAUUACUCAGCCACUUCAGCAAACUCUACAAAGUCACCCUACGCAGGUUGCGUCUGUGACCCAGUCAAUGGCAUCGACUGCCCAGAAAGCCACUAGCACCACCCUUCAACAGCCAGCUGCACAACAAUCUGCUCAGCAACAACGAGCCACUCCAGGCAUUCAGGGAGCUUCACAGACUGCAGCUUUCCCUGGAAGCCAGGCCACUUGGACAGGCAACAACACACUGACUUACACACAGAGCAUGCAGCCACCGCAGACUUCAGAAAUCCGCUCACCUUUGCCUGGAUACUGGAGUCCUGAUAGCUCAUCACCUGCUGUGGCCUCUCCUGGGGCGGUCAGAAUGCUCUCUUCGCAGCCACCCCCAGAGUACUGGUGCUCCAUUGCCUACUUUGAGCUUGACACACAGGUUGGCGAAACUUUUAAAGUGCCAUCUGGGUGUCCAAAUGUAACUGUAGAUGGAUAUGUAGACCCUUCUGGUGGACAUAGAUUUUGCCUAGGAGCCUUGAGCAAUGUCCACAGAACAGAACAAAGCGAAAAAGCCAGGCUGCACAUUGGGAAAGGUGUCCAGCUGGACUUGAUUGGAGAGGGAGACGUCUGGCUCCGUUGUCAGAGCGAUCACUCUGUGUUUGUUCAAAGCUACUAUUUAGACAGAGAAGCUGGCAGAACACCAGGAGAUGCGGUGCAUAAAAUUUACCCCACGGCUUACAUUAAGGUAUUCGACUUGCGACAGUGUCACCAAGAAAUGCAGCAGCAAGCUGCAAAUGCGCAGACAGCGGCUGCUGUGACAGCUGCGGCUGUUGCUGGACAAAUCCCAGGCCACAUGGCAGCUGGAGGCAUCGCUCCUGCACGGCUCAAUGCCGGUUUGAGUGCUGCUGUGGGCAUAGGGGUUGAUGAUCUGCGACGAUUGUGCAUUUUGAGGCUCAGUUUCGUAAAGGGAUGGGGCCCAGACUACCCUCGAGCCUCGAUCAAAGAGACACCUUGUUGGAUUGAAGUACACUUGCAUAGAGCUCUACAACUGCUCGAUGAGGUACUUCACACUAUGCCAAUUGACGGUGCCAGAGGAAUAGAUUAAGGAUAACAUGACAACACGGAUUUUCAGCUGCUCUGCUCCAGCAUCAAGCCUUUACACAAGGAUAAUUAUACACAUUGUCUUAUUCAUCUCUUUGCAAGAAGUAUAAACUCAUAGUAGCUAGAGAUUUUUGGACAUAUUUUCAUGUGGUCUUGUCAUUGUGAAAUUCUGAAAACUUUGUUAUGCAAUUUUGUAUUAAUUUUAACUGACAAUUAGACACUGACAGUAGCCUUUGAUCUAGAAGUUUAGAAAACAUUGACUAGGGUAGUGAUGCUAAAGAUACACAUGGAAAAUGUGCAAUAAACAUGUGAACAAGUCUCGAAACAAAAGUACACAGACGUUGAUUUUUGUGAGUGGCCCAUUUAUUUUUUAACUUUUAUUCUUGUAAGCAACAAACUUAGUUUAAGCCAUUGAAUACGAAUACACUCAUGUGAAAAAAGAA